AUGUUGGGGAGCAGUAUCGGUGACAUGGUCAAAUGUUGGGAGGCUAUGAAUGACAACUUAAAGUUACAGCUGGGCAAGAUUAGAGCUUCUUUUCAAAAGAGUUUUUAUAAAGUUGAGCACGCCCACAUAAGUCCAUUUUACAAUAAUUUAUGUGGUUCAGUGUCUCGAGCUGCAUUGAGAUGCAUUGCUAAAGAGUUAACACGAGUUGAUUAUGUUUGA